AAUGUCUGUCCUAGCUCUGGGACAAACCAUGUCUGGAUUCACAGCUUCAAUGCUUUCCCCCUAGACUGAUUCUAACCCCUUUGUGAUUGGUUAUAGACUGCAUGCGCCCUGAUUCGUCCCGGCCGAGGCGAGUAUACCUCCAGUGUGUUGGGGCUUUAGUCGCACUGUGAUUGAGCCAGCAACUGGUUGCCCGUUGUCGUGAUCGUUCAUUGUGUACCCAGUUUGUGAGGAUACCGUUGAACACCGUAGUUCAACGACUGUGGCCUUUUUUGCUGUUACCGGUGGGGUUGCCUCAGUUCCGGUUCUUUGGUCGCUUGUUGAAUCGAUCUCGGAGGCCGCGGUUUGGUUGGCAACGCGUCGUCCAACUAUCCUCUAAGCGUUUUGUCGCUUACAGUGUUCAACGUCUCCUGAAUUCGGACCAAGUGUUCCUCGAGUUACGGCUGGAAGACAUCCUCUUUUAAUUGCAUAAUGAAAACCAGAAGAAUGGCGUCCAUGCAUUGCGAGGAGACAUCGAGCGGAUCACGGCAAGUUGGUGAUUUACCUGUUGUUGAUGAUCAUGUUUCUUGUCCUGGAUCGCACUCUAGUCGUAAUGGUAGUCAUGUACAGGUUUCCGUUAAUGCGCGUAAUGCUUUAAAACUUGCUGAGCUUAAGAAAAGACAAGCCGAUACUGAGCUAGAAUUAGCUAAGUUGCGUUUGGAAAUGGAGGAGGAGGUAGUUACUCAGGAACAUCUCCCUACUGUAAGUCAUGUGCCCAAAGGUGGGGAAGAGCAGAUGAGCCGGUUCCUAAAGGACUGUCAAGAGAUGGCGCCUCAUACAGUAAAUCCUGUGUCAUGUCCCCAAUCUUCUCUGGCAGUUUGUUAUCCUUUCGCAGAGCUUCCGAAGGUGGAGUUAGAAUAUUUUGACGGUGACCCAUCGAGCUACUGGAGAUUUAUCAAGCAGUUUGAAUAUUUUGUUGAGAACCGCGUGAUUGAUAAUGGUCAGCGCUUGUUAUAUCUUGUGUAUUAUUGCAGAGGGCGCGCCAACGAAGCGAUUCGUGAGUGUACAAUGCUUCCGCCUGAGCAGGCUUACAAUAGAGCUCGUUGCAUUCUUCGUGAUCUCUUUGGGCAAAAUCAUGUAGUGGCACGGUCACUGAUCGACGGUUUGCUUGCAGGUUUGAAACCCAUGGCUGAUGACUCCGAAGCUUUAUCCCGAUUGUCGUUGAAAAUGGAGAGCUGUUAUGUGGCACUGUCUCAGAUGAACUAUAUGGCCGACCUAGAUUCCAUAGCCACUAUUGAGAGGAUAGUUCGCUUCUUACCUAGCGCUCUGCAAUCUCGAUGGGCGAGAGUGGCUGAUUCUAUCGUUCAGGAAAAGCGGGAAGUCAGAUUUUGUGAUUUGGCAGCUUUUGUUGCAACGGAGGCUAGGGUUGCACGUAGCAGAUUUGGCCAGAUAGCGAAUGCCAAUGUGGCACGAAGUCAGCUUGCUAUGCAUCCACCUCGAUUAGCCGAUAAAGGAAAGGGUCGCAACCUUUGUUUCUGCACUACAUCAAAGAGGACCAACAGAGUUACUUGCAUUAUUUGUGACGGCGAACAUGAUGUGGAGUCUUGCACGAAAUUUCUAGCCAUGGAUGUUCCAGGCCGCUGGGAACUGAUCAGAGCUAAGGCUGCUUGUUACAACUGUCUAGGGUCCGGUCACCGCUCCGCAACUUGUCGAAACCGGAAGGGAUGCAACGUGUCUACUUGUAACGGUCGGCAUCACUCGUUGUUGCAUCAUGACAAAGCCCCUAAUCCUUCACGCAAUGAAUAUAGCAGCUGUAAUGUUACCUCUACUGCUCCAGGCAGAGUUUCUUUGGGCGUUGUGCCCGUACGUUUGGAUGGUCCAGUACGGUCUAUUGAAACGUAUGCCUUGUUGGAUAGUGGAUCGGAUGUGACCCUAGUUCAAGAGGAUCUUCUAAGGGAGGCAGGCGUAAAGGUUAGCCGCACUUCUUUAACCAUGCAGACCGUGAGUGGCCUCACCUCCUUGGAAGCUGGCCUAGCCAAGUUUCGCUUGUCUGCCUUGAGGGGCCCCGAGUAUGUUACAGUUGAACGCGCUUAUUGUUUGAAGCGAUUGCCACUACGUCCAGUUGCAUGCACUAACGGCCAGUUGGGGCGUCACUGGCCGCACUUGUCUGACAUCCAGUUCGAUGCUCUGACUGAUACCCGAGUUCGGAUAUUGAUAGGAGCCGAUGUACCAGAGGCACAUUGGCAGCUUGAACGCCGUGCUUGUGGUCGGAAGCGCCCGUUCGCUGCUAGAACACCCCUAGGGUGGAUAUUGCUGGGGCCCGUGAACACGAGCCCUGAGGGUUGCGUUUCGGUGCAUUGUGUGCAAGAGGAGACAACUUCGAUCGAGACACAGCUUAAAAUGUUAUACGACGGUGGAUUUGAGAGUGCUGGUUCGAGUCACCGUUCCCUUUCGAUGGAAGAUAAGGCAGCAUUAGAAAUCGCUGAGAAUUCCGUGAGGCUCGUUGAGGGGCACUUCGAGGUGGCCCUCCCGUGGAGAAAGCGUCAGAUGAUAGUUCCUAAUAACUUCGUGUCUGCUCUCCAUAGAUUACAUUGUUUGAGUCGACGACUGGUAAACGACCCGACAAUGUGUGAAAGGUACACGGCUGCGUUGGAGACGAGCAUUGCAAAGGGCUACGCCGCGCUAGUACCAAGUGAGCAAUUACAACCUAGCUACACACCGAGAUGGUAUUUACCGCAUCAUGCCGUUAUUAAUCCGAAGAAACCAGAAAAAUUAAGAGUGGUCUUCGAUUGUGCAGCCAAGCACAAAGGGUUGUCACUCAAUGACCAAUUGUUGCAAGGGCCGGACACUACUGCUAACCUCACUGGUAUACUGAUGAGAUUCAGGUCUGAAAGGGUGGCUAUUUCCGCAGAUAUCGAGGACAUGUUCAUGCAAGUAAAAGUGCCAGCGAAAGAUAGAGCUGCACUGCGGUUUCUAUGGUGGAAGAACAACGUGAUUGGUUCGGAGGUGGUGGAGUACCAGAUGACUGCGCAUCCAUUCGGAGCGACUUCCUCACCAUUCUGUGCCAACUUUGCCCUGCGUCAGACUGCCAAAGCGUGGGGACACCAAUACAGUGAGAACGUCUCGGCUGCUGUGUGUCGUGAUUUUUAUGUUGAUGAUCUUUUGAUUUCACUCUCUACUCCUGCGGAAGCGCGCUCGUUUGUAACGCAGAUCAGAGAGAUGUUGAGCAGAGGCGGCUUCAAACUAUGCAAAUGGGUCUGCAAUAUCGACGAGGUUUAUGAGGUGGUCCCAUCUGCCGAAAUUGCGGAGACAGUAAAGCCAAUAGCUGAGUUACCGGGGUUAGUUAGCAGGACGUUGGGGUUGUCUUGGGAUUCCAAGCAGGAUGUGUUUCUUUUCCACUUUGCGGUAUCCGAAGGUCCAAACACGAGGAGAAGAAUCUUGUCCGUUGUGUCAUCUAUCUUCGAUCCUUUGGGUAUGAUAGCCCCACUGAUCAUGCCGGUGAAGCUAUUGCUGCAACAGUUGUGUCGAGAUAAGGUAGGCUGGGACGAGUUGAUUACCGGUGAUAGCGAGGCGGCCUGGCAUACCUGGAUAAGAAUGACCAAGGCGUUGGGUUUCCUGAAAAUUCCCCGUUGCAUUCGUAAUGGCACUGAGAGUUUAGGACCUCCACAAUUGCAUAUAUUUUGCGAUGCUUCUGAAACGGGAUACGGGGCGGUGGCUUACGCCAGGUUCCGCCUUAAGGGCAACAGACGCUGCGCUUUGUUGUACUCGAAGUCAAGAGUGGCUCCUUUGAAGACUGUCUCUAUUCCGCGGUUAGAAUUAACUGCGGCUGUGCUCGCCACGCGUGUAUUUGAGGAUGUGACCGAGAGAGCCCAGCUGGAAUUUGAGAACGUCUGGUUCUGGACGGAUUCCACAACAGUCUUGUACUACAUUAAUGAUACAUCGAAGCGAUUCAGUACCUUUGUUUCAAAUCGAUUAUCGGUAAUUCAUGAUUUGACGGACCCUAGUCAAUGGAAGCAUGUCAUGUCUGGUAGUAACCCAGCUGAUAUACUCUCAAGAGGUAGCUAUUCUUCUGCACGUUUGGAGAGCUGGUUCUAUGGGCCAGAUUUCUUACUGAGCGAUAACGACGAAUGGCCAGAUAAGUGUUUGAAUUCCGAACCGCGUGACAUAGAAUUAAAGCGUGUGAAGGUCCAGGUGAACAUGGUGGCAUGCCAAUCAUCCUUGUCAAUCUUAAUCCGAAGAUAUUCCGAUUGGUUCAAGUUGUUGAAGUCAGUUGUGUGGCUAACCCGAUUCAAAAGGUACCUGAAGGCUCGCGCAUAUGAUUCUGAUAUCGGCCCACAGUAUACCAGUUUGAUUACUCUCCACGAACUCAAAGGGGCAGAAUUUGAUGUCAUUAGAUUGGCACAGAAUGAAGUUUACGGUGAUGAAAUAAAACGAAUGGAAGAGACGAAGGAAGGAAUAAUGCCACCUAAAAGAAAGGCACGGCAAGGGAGUCUGUCGCGGCUCUGCCCCAUCUUGCGAGAUGGAAUACUGUGUCUGGGAGGAAGACUAGCAUACUCGGAUUACGACAGUUCCUUUAAGUUCCCUGUUAUUAUACCUCCAAAGCAUGCGGUCACUGCGUUGCUGAUAAGAUUUUAUCAUAUUCUUGAAGGUCACUCAGGCGCCUCACAAGUUUUGACGAGUUUACGCCGAAAAUACUGGAUUGUUAGGGGAUUAUCUGCCGUAAAGAGAGUAAUAGGAAGUUGUUGGAUAUGUAGAAGACGGCUUGCCACGGCCGGUCAGCAGAUGAUGGCACCAUUGCCUUUAGUUCGGAUUGAAAAGGGAUGGUACCCCUUCAGAUUUGUUGGUGUUGAUUACUUUGGACCGUUUAUUGUCAAGCACGGGAGGAAACAAGAAAAGAGAUAUGGCUGUCUAUUCACGUGCUUGCAGACGAGGGCCGUACAUAUUGAGAUGUCUUACACUUUGAACACUGACUCUUUUAUAAUGGCGUUGAUGAGAUUCAUUGCCCGCAGAGGAACUCCAGCAGAAAUAUUUAGUGAUAAUGGAGGAAAUUUUGUGGGAGCAGUUGCAGAAUUGCGGGCUGCCAUGAAGGGGUGGUCAGAAAAACAAAUCAAUGACAAGUUGCUAUUAUUCGGUGUGCAAUGGAAUUUUAACCCGCCAGCGGCUAGUCAUAGAGGUGGAAUAUGGGAACGCAUUGUGCGAUCGGUAAGAAGAAUACUGCUGUCGGUUGCGACACAACAGGCUUUGACUGAGGAAGCGUUGGUUACCUUGAUUACUGAAGCCGAGCGUAUUAUUAAUAGCAGACCAUUGGUCCCUCUUACUUCUGACUCAACCGACCGACCGGCCCUAACUCCGAAUGAUUUGUUGAUACUGCGACCAAAUCCAUCGGGUUUAUUGUCUGAGUCUGUAGCUGAUGAAUAUAGACGUUGUUGGCGGCAAGUAAAUUAUCUCACGGCCUUGUUCUGGAAGAGAUGGGUUAGAGAGUAUCUACCUCUUUUGAAUUGUAGAGAGAAAUGGCUAAAUCCGUGUCGGAAUUUCAAACCCGGGGAUGUGGUUUUAGUUGUUUCCGAAACUGUUUCGCGCAACAUGUGGCCUUUGGGAGUAGUUGAAAGCUGUGUCACGUCCCAAGAUGGUCUCGUAAGAACAGUGAACGUCAGGACGAAGGAUGGUUUAUUGAAGAGGGAUGUGCGAAAGGUUUGUUUGUUAGAAGGUAGUCGACUAGAAGGGGGCGUAGUUCCGGCUACUGGCUCUCCGCAGGCGGGAGGCGGAUUUUCGAAUCUGCCGCUCCAGGGAGGACCGCUGUGAGUCCAGUAGCUGAAGUGGGAGGUGCAGGCGUACCGGUGUAAGUCCUGUAUCCUCCCAGCGUGGAUGGAGCGGGGGGAUAGGCGAUCCAGGCUAGAACAUGCCCUCAACAAUUUGAAAAUCCUGGUCAGAUUUUCGCGGGGGAGUGUAAAGGACAAUUUGCUCAAGUGCCAUCGCUACACCCCUGGAGCAAUUCCCCAUCCAAUUUUCCCCAUGUCCCUGCUUCUUUUUACAAUCACAUUCGAAAUCGGUUACUUUUUACACCUGACAGCUACUCAUGUGUGUUCUUUGUUAACCUGACUAUUGCUCCUUCACAUCAAUCCGCCCAUGAUUUGUCGUCUACCCUAUUGAUUACCUUUUGUUCACCUCGCACCUAGACGUCUAAUUUGCGCAUCGACCCUCUCACUCUGUUCAAUUCCGACUGACUCACUUCGUUCUCCCCAAUGUCUGUCCUAGCUCUGGGACAAACCAUGUCUGGAUUCACAGCUUCAAUGCUUUCCCCCUAGACUGAUUCUAACCCCUUUGUGAUUGGUUAUAGACUGCAUGCGCCCUGAUUCGUCCCGGCCGAGGCUAGUAUACCUCCAGUGUGUUGGGCUUUAGUCGCACUGUGAUUGAACCAGCAACUGGUUGCCCGUUGUCGUGAUCGUUCAUUGUGUACCCAGUUUGUGAGGAUACCGUUGGUAUGUUGUACAUUUGUUAUUUUAUUCUUGUAACAUAGAACACCGUAGUUCAACG